AUGGACGUGUCUCAGCAAUCGCCGACUCAAGAUAAUGACGGACGGGAUUACGAGAACUACUACGAAGGCCCUUCCUUCGUCGCGACGAGCCCCAUUUCCCAAGAUUUGGUCGCCGAGAACCAAACACCACGCGACGAUGACUCGGCUGUUGUUGACUUUGGCAACCUCAGCCAUCUGAUACAGCCCGAUACUCAAGCCGACGAGGAAGAGCCGUCGUCUAUCCCCGACGAUGCGGCACCCAAACACGUACGAGGGGAUUGGCGCAAUCGCACCUCGAGCUCCCAGCAACAGUCCUCCGUCCAGCGCCCCAACGGCCAGUCACCCAUGCCGCCCCCCAAUUCUCUGCCGCAAACCCCGGCGAAUCGUCACAAUCCGUUUGCUGGGAAACGGCUGGGAGACACUGCGUUGUCCGGAUCCCAAUUGUUCAGUCACACUCAGUUUUCGUCAGCUGUCAAACACUUCAGCCCUACCUCCUCGCGACCGUCUCCCAUCAUGUACGCCAACAACUCUAUCUCGCCCAACAUUGUCGAAUCCUCCCCUGCGAAGAACCGAUGCAACGUGACAUCCCCUCCUGACCUGCUCUCCUCAAGCCCCCAAGCUGCUAGAGCAUACCAUCAGGUGCCCCACGAAAGAGAACGAAGCCCCAGCGACUCUGGUCUUCCCGAUGAUGGCACAGUGCCAGAGUCGCCGCAGUUGGCGCCGGUCAACGAAAAGGCUGGACUCGAGCCUAUCGGGAUAUACGAAAACAUGCUGGAUUCGCAAAAGAGGAAGCGGACCAAUGCCAAGUUUAAAGGCACUGCGUCUGAGGACGAGGGUGACUCGGACGAGGAAGCGCUCAAGAGGGAACGGCGGAGGCGCGUAGAGUCUAAGAGGAAGGCAGCGGAUCGGAAGCUCACGAGCAUUCCCAUACCCAUCGGCCGACGACAUUCUCUCGAACCCAUCGAAGUGCCGUCCACUACGAAGAAACCAAGAAAACUCCCCACAAGGGCGGGUCGGCACCGAUCACGCCGUGUCGCAGACGAGUCCAGUGCGUCCGAGAACGACGAUGACGAGUUCACGGUGGCCGACUCUCAAGAACAGACCACAGCCCAGCCACCUCGUGCCCAAGUCUCCCCCGAUCCCACUGUCGCGCGCAUCGCGACGAAGCCAAUAUUGGUCUCGAGCAACGAUAAGGUGCCUGACAGUGCAGGCGCUACCCAGAAGUCUGUCUCUAAUGGAGUCAUACCGGGUACCGAAAGUUCGGGCAAUAGUUCUCGGCCGAAGGAUCUCAUACCAGAGACGAGCCCCAACAAUACUCAAUCACAGCUUCCGCCCAAGAGCCGCGGCUCGUCGCCUGAGCCGUUGCCUGUCACGACGGUCGAUACCAAAGAGCAAUCGUAUGCGCCAGCUACUCAGCCCAGGGAAACUGGCUUGGGCGUCGAAGUUCUGCCAGACUCUCCUCAGCCGACCCUCCCGCAGCCAUCUCGUCGCUCCACCCGCAAACCCAAGCCAACCCUCAAGGCUCAAGUCCUGAAGAGUUCUGCUCGUGCCGUUCCAUCGUCAGAACUCAUCGGCCCCGACGAGAUUGAGGCACCUGCUAUAGGCGUACUAGACACGGGCGACGCAGCGAACGGGACGGUUGUGGGUGAACAGACCGCCGAUACCCAUGCAGAUUCGAAUCCUCCCCGUGCAGAGAUCAUUGUCAUGGAUGAAGCCCCUCCCUUGCCAUCUUCGCCGCCGAUACUAAUGCUUCUCACUAAGAGUUCGGGGCUUUCAGACCCGGCGGUUCAGAACAAACUUGCAGAAGAACCCCCUUCAACGCCUGUUUUUCCUGAGCAGACGGUAGCGUCAGAUGCUCCGGGUUCGACAACAUCAACACUCAGUGUUCUCACUACGACGCCUGCGCAGUCGGCCAAGACGACUUCAGCAUCUCAGGAAUCUGUGGAGCUUCCGCCUCUGUCGCCAGCAGAGCUAACUCGUGGACGCCAAGCCGCCAGAUCAUUGCCUAGGCUUGCCACCGGUUCGCGGGUUGCCAAACCGGGCAUACGGAAGCUGACACGAAGAGCAACUCGUCUUGACUCGGGGUCGACUGACGAAUUGACUGGAUCACCUAUGGUUAACGGGUUUGAAAAUAGUAUCAUCAAGCCCCCCAAGAUGACAGCUCGUGGCAGCCGCCUGUCCAUGCUGUCCCACACCUCCAAAGAGAACAACGGCAAACCAGGCAUUUUUGCCGGCAUGGCCUUUGCCAUUUCCUUCCAGUCGAAGAAGGAUGGCGAGAAAACCGACCACUACGAGCAUCGCCUUGGACAAAGCCGUGACAUCGAGAAGAUGAUCGUCCAAUCCGGCGGCUAUCUGCUGAGCAACGGAUUCGAUGAGCUCUUUGAGUCCAACGCUCUUGGGAGCACGGAGACGAGCCCGGUCUCCGAGGGGAAGGAGGAUAACCCGUUAACCCUGACCUCUUUUGCACAAACCAUGGGAUUCACAGCCCUGAUUGCGGAUGGACACUCCCGUAAAGUCAAGUACAUGCAGGCUCUUGCCCUUGGGUUGCCCUGUAUAUCAGACAGAUGGGUUACCACUUGUGUGGCGAAGGCAGCUGUGGUUGACUGGCUUCCGUAUCUGCUUUGCGCCGGCCAGUCGACCUUCCUCCGCGAUGCGAUCCGUUCUCGAUACCUGGCGCCCUACUCAGCAAUCGAUGCGCGGCUUGUUGACGUUGUCGAGACGCGACCCAAGAUGCUAGAAGGAAGCAAGAUUCUGCUCGUCAUGAAGAAGUCGCGGGCCGAGGAGAAGAAGAUGCCCUAUGUUUUCCUGGCACACGUCCUGGGUGCUACGCUCUCUCGAGCCUACAGUGUGGACGAGGCUAAGGAGACUCUGAGACACAGGGAGCUACUCAACGACCCCUUUGACUGGGUCUAUGUCGAUGAGCACACGGGCUCAGAAGAGGGGCUAUUCAAUCCCGAUCCUCCCUCGACGAAGAUAUCGAAAGGGUCGAAGAAGCGAAAGAGAGCCGCCGCAACUGCGGUUGAUAAGGCAGAUCGACAACCGAAGCGGAUUAGGACUCUAAGCAACGAGCUGGUCAUUCAGAGCCUGAUUCUAGGUCGGAUGAUUGAGGAGGGCGAGUUAGAAGCAUGA